AUGUCCCUGGCGAGCCGCCUCAGGUGGUCCCCGAUGAAUGGGGGCUCCCGCGGCAUCGGGCUCUACUGCGCGACGGCCUUCCUACGGGCCGGCUGCACCAAGGUCAUCAUCACGGCGCGGGACGCCAAGAAUCUGGAAGCGGCCGCGCAGAAGCUCAACGCUCUCCCCGGCAUCAAAGGCGUGGCCGUGUCGAUCCCCGCGAAUGUCGGGCAUACGGACCAGAUCGAACGGUUCGUCAGGGACGUCGAGGCCGAAGUUGCAAAAGAUGCGGGUAAAGGGAAACCCAGGGGCGUGGAUAUCCUGGUCGCGAACGCGGCGGCCAGUUGGGGCGGGCCGUUUGAGGAGUUUGAGGACUGGAAGAGUGUCAAGACGCUGGAUUUGAAUGUUAGGGGGGUGUUUAAUCUGUGUCGAUUCAUGGUCCCCCUCCUCUCCCGGUCCGCCACGCCCGAUGACCCCUCCAGGAUCCUCAUCACCUCGUCGGUUGGCGGGAUCAUCGUGCCCCACGUGGGCGCCCGCGGGGCGAUCAUGUACAGCGUGUCCAAGGCCGCCGCGCACCAUCUGGGCCGGAACCUCGCGCUGGAGCUGGCGCCCAAGAACAUCACGACCAACAUCGUGGCGCCCGGCUUUUUCCCCUCACGACUUGCGAACCCGCAGAUCGAUUACCUCGGCGGCGUGGACAAAGUGGGCAAGCAGAACCCGCUGGGCAGGCUGGGGAGGCCCGAGGACAUCGCGGGCGUGGUGCUGUACCUGUGUAGUCGCGCGGGGAGCUAUAUUAAUGGCGAGGAUAUCAGUAUCGAUGGCGGUGCGAGGCUGAGGAGCGGGACACAUCCUGGGAGUAUGGAUGAGAGAGGAGAGGAGGCUGCUUCUGCUGCGAGGGACAAUAAGUUGUGA